UUCGAUUCAUUUCUUCUUUUGGGUCUUUCAGUAGUAUCUGGUUAAUACUUGGUUGGGUUGGUUUUGGGUCCUUUCUGGACCCUGAGACCUAUUUUGUUCCUGAUUUCUAUCUGGUUCUUGAGGUAUCCUCUUUCUCCAUACCAGUAACAUUUGUUAUUGUUAAAUUGCUGGGAGCAAUAAUUUUGGUAUUGGCAUUGGGGUCAAAAUUCUUCUCGAUUUAUAGAUAUUAUGAUACUCAAUUGUUCACUGAGGUAGAAGGCAUAAAUAAGAAUUCUAAUUUGAUCUCCAAGAUUUUUGGACUCCAUAAUUUGAUUUUACAAUAG